UAUUUCAAUUUCACUGUUAAAAAAUUCGUGGUGUUUCUUGCUUAGGAUGUUCCUCUUCCUGCACCUUUUCUGCGAAUUGUUUCUAAGCAAUGCCCUCAUUUUCCCUGGACUAAAUUGUUUGAGAUCGGGCCGGUUUGAACCAGAUGGUUGAUCAAAAGCUCCAUUUUCCGAUUCCGUCUCUCCCUGACCGAAAGAACCCCAAUUCACACCUGAAAAAUGAUUUGAGUCAACAAGAUCUGCCUUCUUCAAGAGUUCGGAAUCUGUUUGCAGUAGAGGUUUCUUAUAUUACAGUUUGAACGAGUUCUUCGGCUCUCCGUUAACGCAAACAUUCAUGCUGGCAGACGGAAAUGACGCUCAUUCACAAGGUUCUGGCUUUUGUGUGUUUCUCUCUAGUGUUGCGGCACCAGUGCCCCUUUAGUGUUGGACAAUCAAUCGACAAUGUUUACUACAAUCCAUACUUUCAUUUUCCAUAUGGAGGACCGUAUAUGGGUUUCCUGGUGGCAUUUGCCCUGCCUUUGAAGGUUCAAACCCCUGGAGACAUUUUCUUCUCCAUGAACUUUGAGGCUGGAUACAGUCUGCCGGAAAACGAGACCCAAUUCACUUUUCCACCCAUUAUUGCCGCUUCAGCCCGUCAGGUGCUGUACGACCUGUUCGAAAGGAAGCUGGAAAGUCAUGGAUAUCCUGGCCGUGAUUGUCUUCUUCGGGCGAUCUGCGAAGGUUCCGAAUUAUCCACCUUGGGAACUGGGGUGUUUGGGGACAUUGUUCAUCUAGUUCUAACUCCAUCUGCAAGUUUGAAUGGCAACUUGACCGAAGUGUACCAAGAGGCGGAGCGCCAGGGCAAGAAGAAGGGCCGAUGUAGGAAGUACCGGAAAACCUGCUCAUUUAGUAUCCUGAAAAUGUUCACCUGGGUCGGGGACUUUCUCACCAAAACUGGCUUACCUAAUAAAGGCUCCAGUUAAGUUCA